AUGUCAAGUCGGAUCAAUCUUUUCAGAUCAUUGUUCACAUCAAAUUCCCUAAAAUAUGGAAUACCAAAGAAAAAUAAGCUACCUCCAAGACCUAAGCAUUUAAUUAAAGAGGAGGAUUUAGAAGAAAAAUUUUUGCAUGGGGGGAGAGGACCUGGUGGUCAAAAAAUCAAUAAAUCAAAUAGUAAAGUUCAACUAACGCAUAUUCCUACAGGGAUGGUAGUAUCUUGUCAAGCAACCAGGUCUCAAGAACAAAAUCGGGCUAUUGCAAGAGAGAAAUUGGCUUUAAAAUUGGAUGAUUAUUAUAAUCCUGGAACUAGUAGGAAUGCUGUCUUAAUGGAAAGAGCUCAAAAAGUGAAACAAAGUAAAUCGAAAAAGUCCAGUCGGAAAUAUAAAAAAAUUGAAGAUGAAAAUUUACAGAAACAGGUGGAAUUAUCGAAACUAGAAGAAUCAUUGGAUAUAAAAGACAUUGAUGAUGAAUUUGAUGAUUUUAUUAAGAAUGCCAAAGUGGAUUUAUAA